AUCGAACGUAAGAAUGCGGGUUUCUUUGUUAGCCAAAUAAAUUAGCACAUUGCACAGCUAUCCGCAUCUUUCAUUUUCAAUAAAAGAUUUGUAUCUAUCUUUUUAGAUUACUAUCCAGUAUUUCAGAGUUAGCUACUUCACAAUUUCAGUUUGGUUUUGGUGAUUUUGUGCAGAGAUGGAGAACGAGGUAGUUCUGUUGGAUACAUGGGCAAGCAUGUUUGGGAUGAGGGUUCGAAUUGCAUUAGCUGAAAAGGGUGUUAAGUAUGAAUACAAGGAAGAGAAUCUUAGGAACAAGAGUCCUUUGCUUCUUCAGAUGAACCCUAUUCACAAGAAAAUUCCAGUUCUCAUUCAUAAUGGCAAACCCAUUUGUGAAUCUGCAAUUAUUGUGCAAUACAUAGAUGAGAUCUGGAACGACAAGGCUCCACUCAUGCCCUCUGAUCCUUACCAGAGAGCUCAGGCAAGAUUUUGGGUUGAUUAUAUUGACAAGAAGAUAUAUGAUACUUGGAGGAAAAUGUGGCUUUCUACAGGAGAAGAGCAUGAGGCAUGGAAGAAGGAGUUGAUCUCUAUCUUGAAGCAGCUAGAAGAGCCACUUGUUGAUAAACCCUUUUAUGGGGGUGACACGUUUGGCUUUCUUGAUCUUGGUUUAAUCCCUUUCUACAGUUGGUUUUACACUUUUGAGACAUAUGGCAACUUCAAAAUGGAAGCAGUGUGUCCUAAACUAGUGGCUUGGGCCAAGAGAUGCAUGCAGAGAGAUACUGUGGCCAAAACUCUUCCUGAUGAGAAGAAGGUGUAUGACUAUGUUGUGGGAAUAAAGAAAGCACUUGAAUCUAAUUAGAGGAACUUCAUGAAUCAAUCCAUUAAUGACUUGCUUAUUAGAUAUGAUAUUGUAACGUCUUUUGUAUUUUUACCAUGUGUUCGCUAGGCUUGAGUUACGUGUGCCUUGUUAGACACUUGAGUGUGUCUAGAGGAUUUGAAUCAGAUGAAAGAUUAAUGUUGUAAUGUUUUUUUUUUUUUUUUUUUUUUUUAUGUUGUGCAUUUAUGAUCAGUAAAAGGCUCAUUUUAUAAAAGCUUAAAGAGAAUGUUGAAAAUUAUUUAAUAGGUUCUUUUCAGACGCGAAUAUAUUGUACAAAUUUGACCACAAAACUUUUUAGUAUAAGUUAAAAAGAGCUUUUUUUUAAAAAAAAAAAUUAUACUGAAUGCACUCUAAGUAGGUUUCUUAUCAAUACCAUUUCAGCUUUCUCAUCUAUUUGCAGCUAGUUGAAAUAACUCUCUGAUAGUUCAAGAGACUACACAAUUUGGUGUUUGAAAUCUUGAAGUCACAAAAAUUCAUGCUUCUAUGAGACGUGGGUUCAAGAUUAGAAAAUACCCCUCAUACCAUUUGGUGCAUGAUAAUUUGGUGGGUUGUCAGUCAGCUUCAAGGGAGAGUUUGGCGUGAGAAAUAUUUUGUAGUUCCUGUGAAUGAUAUUUUUUGGGUAGUCGUGUUUUUGAGAAUUCUAGUUUCUAGAAAUGUUCUAAAAGUGAUUUUUUUUUUUUCCAUUAAUGAUUCUCUAUAUAAACAUAAAAUAAAAAAGUGGUAUCUUAAUAAAAGUAGAGCUCAGAGUGAUUGCUGCCAACUCUAGUCACAAAUUUGACAAUUUAAAGCAGAUACAACUGCCUGAAUGAUUUCUGCUCUACAUUACCUGCCCUUGAACGGAUCUUCAACAAAACUACUAUUUCAUUUGUUAACUCUUCAAGAUAUUAUAAUCAAGUUCGUGUAUAAUAAUGGAGGGUCUAAAAGUGUUAGCUGGGAUGCUGAAGUUCAGGAUUCAACAGUGGACCUAUUUCACAUUGGUAUCAAGACUUGGAAGAUAUAUUCAAGAAGAAGACAAUAGUAUUCUGUUAGCAUUGGUUUAUUAAAUAACUUCGCAUUCUGUUAUUAGGAAAGAUAUGAAUUCUGUUAUCAGGAGAUUAGAUAAGAUUAUUAAGAUAGAAUAAGAUUGAAUAUGAAUUUGUUAGGAGAUUUAAUAGAUUAAUAUUUAAUUUGAAUUUGUUAGGAGGGAAAUUUUUUUCCUUCUUUAUUAUCUGUACUGUAAUUCUUAUCCAUUAAUAAAAGUUCUUAGUUUUCUGUUCUUU